GUUGCCAUGGAAGGGUCCAGGACCCCAUCAUCCCGGGAAGAGCUGGAGCUCUCGAUAGUGGAGGGGCAGCAGGAAGAACUGACGCCUCUGAACAGCCUUCAGAUCCAGCCUUGCUCCACCCAGGACCCUAGCCCCGCACAGACUCGGACCCCGCCUAGAGACUCUUCAGGAAUCCUGUAGAAGGGCGUGGCUGCUCCUUUCAAGGGAGAGCAAAAGAAGUAGAGGUGGUGUUUGAAAGUUAUGUAACUUUUAACUUGUUUUUCUUUCCUUCUCUAAUAAAAUUAAGAGUGAUGGAUUGAAUCAUAUUGUCUCUCUCCCUUCCCCCACUUUCUCUCUCUUUCUCCUGUCCCUUUCUCCCCUUCCCUCUUCCAACACCCCUCCCCCCAGCUACGACCACCUCUAGCAGUAUACAGUCAACUGUCUCCUACCUCUAAGUCCUCCGUGCCCUCCCCCCACCUUCAAACACGUCUUACUUUCUCCCACUUUUGUCAUUGCUUCCUCCGCACUAAAAACAGGUAAAGAGAAGGAGGAAAGCUGCUGAGGUUAGACUGAGGGGUUGUGGACUUGCCUGCUCAGUAUAAGGGAAAUAAUAUCAAAGUUCUUCCUAAGAACUAGCCUCACUCUCUUCUCUUCUAAGGACUUCUCUAAGGAAGUCCUUAGGGGUGUGUCUUUUCUGAUGUCAUAGCUGAGCAUUAGCCACAGAUCAAAUACUUGUAAAACAUCAGAGAGUUUGAAUACUGAACCACUUCUUCUGAUCAACUCCAAAGGUUUGCUUAAGUUUUCCUGGGUACACUAGAUUCUCUGGGCACUCGACCUCCAUCCCUCUUCUGCCCAAGUUCUGACUUUAGUAAAAAAUUCAAAGCUUGAAAACAUUACUCUGUGUCCACAGUGAUUCCUGGAAACACGGUGUGACAAUGUCUUGCUUCAUAGGUAUCUUGGAGACUAAGUUGGCUCCUUAUGUCUGCAUGAAAUAAGACCACAGAUGAAUGGAGUUUGGAAAGUAAUGGCUGAAGGCCAGUGCAAGAAGCCAUAAUCAGGAACUUUCUGUAUAAUUCCCCAGGGCAGGGAUUAGGCAAGAGAAUUAGAAAUACUUGCCUCAAGGUGGGGGUGAACCUGGAAGAAAUUGGAAUAGGGAUGAAUAUUAUUUUUUAAAUACAUUAUGCAAAAUUCUCAAAAAAUUAAGAAAAAAUGUAAAGGAAAAUAAAAAUUCAAACAAAACUUGUAAAAAAAAAAAAAGAAAGAAAUACUUGCCUCUAGUUAGUCAGGUGCAGCACAUCCCCAAAGAUUGAGGCAUUUUCCAGAAAAAAAAAAAAGUGUGUGAUCCCAGAGAAGGCUGUGAAACAAUGUUAAUAUCAUAUGCUCCAUUUAGGCUAUGGGAGCUCUAGACUAUUUGUGGACAGCAGCUGAGAACUGGGUAUCAGAAUUUUAUGAUGGCUUAGGGCCUGCCUUGUUAAAACCAUGCUUUGGUGUCCUAGUGACUUCCUUGUUAGUCAGAUGUAUGCAGAUGUGCCAGACUUCCUCAUAAUUUGGCUUUGUAGGUUACUAAAUAGCAACAUUUCAAUAACUGAGAGAAUGGGGUAAGGGUAGAGAACCUGAAGAACCUUCUAGAAAUACUUGAGUCAUAGCAUUUUAAUAAGGAGAGAGAGAACAAAACCUCAAACCCUUCCCUAACAUGUUCGCCAUCCUCUGACUCUGUAGAAUAGGUUGAAACGUGUUUCAUCAUGAAAAGCUCAAUCAAUGAGGUUCAGAAAGAACUGACUAGCACAAGCACAUGGUUACACGCUUACCAAUUGUGUGUCACCAUCUUAAGUUGUGUGAUAAUAGUUCUGACCUUCGUGCUUAUUUAAGUAGUCCAUACACUUUCUAAACCACACGUUUUGUACCUAUCGCUAUUAUGUGCAGCGGUGUAAACCAUAAGUGCAGUUAAUUAUUAUCAACGUUGAGGGAACUGCCCUAGUUAGCAUUGAACUGUCAACUUGAGAUAGCCUAAAAAUCACGUGACAGGAGUCUCAGCUGAGUAACUGUACCGGGUUGAUCAUCGAUCUGUGUGGAUGUUUGUAAGGGAUUAUCUUGAUUAUCAAUUGAUACAGAGGAUCCAGGCUACUGUUGGGGAUAUCAUUCCUAGGCGAGUAGUCCGGGGCUAAAAGAAACUGGUUUGGCAUGAGCCAGUGUGAGAGCCAGUUAACAGCAUUCCACCAUGAAUUCUGCGUCAGAUUCCUGCUUGAGGUCCUGCCCUGACUUCCCUCAAGGGUGGCCCGAGACUUAGAAGUAUAAGGCAAAUAAACCCUUCCUUCCCCAAGUUGCUUUUGUUCAGUGUUAAAUCCUAAGGGAAAGAAAUGAAAGUGGAAGAGGGAGGAUGCUAGUUCUCUUGUUUGAGAGAUGAAAUAGCUCAGGGAAGAAGCUGAAGCUCAGAGAUAACAACCUAAUGGCGCAGGUUCACUCAGUGCCCUGAAGUUCAGAUUCGGUGUCUUUCAAUGUCUCAGGUCUACAUUGUUCAUCAAUUUUAAGAAAACAUUACGUUGAUUCUGUCUCUGUCUCUGUCUCUGUCUCUGUCUCUGUCUCUCUCUCUCUCUCUCUCUCUCUCUCUGUGUGUGUAUAAAAGUUGGGCUAGGAGUAUAUGAACAAUUUGUCUCUCUUUCUUAAUCUGAAUUGGAACGUAGAGGGAAAGGAAUGUAAACCAUCGAACACAACGUUGUCUAUUGUUACUACAGGUUAGCACCCUUGGGCAAAAUAUUGCAAAAGAAACUGUAGGUAAGAGGGCGAGACUGAGUGUGUCUUAGAGCUCAUGACAGGGGCCCUGACUCAACAUCCCAGAGAUAUCUUAGGUGAUGGCAUCAUCGUUGUAUUAACUAAUAAUAUUCAGUAAAUUGACUGCUCUGUGGUAACCAAGGUUUAUCUGCGUUAUCAAAUUAGCCCUAUUUUUUUAUGCAUUAUUCGAUGUAGUACAAGAACCAAUUGGCUUUUCUGUCCCUAGAUGAAGUGUGUGGAUCAAAUGUGAGGAUAUGAAAGUGCAGGUUUUCCUGUGCAUGGACUUCCUGUUACUGCUGGUUUGUUUGUUUGUUUAUAAUAAACUCUCCUAAUUGAGCCAAGAAGAAGACAAGCUUUUUGGACCAGAGAUAGGUGGACCAGGAAAGGCCCUGGAGUUCCUGUAACAAGAGCGUGGUUGGAAAAUGUAAACUGUGGAUGGCCAUUGUGAGCAUAUUCCUGUGUUUCACUAUAGUGGUCAUUAUAAGCCUGUGCCUUGUAGGAGUGACUUAUAUAGAUGAAGAUGAAAAUGAAAUGCCCGAAUUGUCAUCAAACAAAACAUUUUUCAUCGUGCUCAAGAUUCCAGAGGAGUGUGCUAAUGAAGAGGAAUUGCAUCAUUUGCUCACUAAGAGGCUCACGGACAUGUAUAGACAGUCCCCAGCUCUGAACCGUUUUUUCACUUCUGCUGAUAUCAUGGAUUUCAGUGUUGAAAAUGCCACGGUAACCUAUCACUUGCAGUUUGGGGUUCCAUCUGAAGACGAUGACUUUAUGAAGUACAUGAUGAGCGAAGAGUUGGUGCUGGGCAUUAUGCGACAGAGUUUCCACGAUAAGAAUUUAUCUACUUGUGAGAAUCUCGGGCUUGACCCAGAAUCGCUCCUGCUCUAUGAAUGAAGCGAUGGGGGUUGUGUGAGAAGGCAGUGCUCUGCUGAGUCUCAGACUGAAGACAAUUCAGAAGCAUAUCUAGCAGUGACCUGAAAGAGGAGACAGCCCUCCCACUGAUUCUACACAGAUGUGAAGUCUGGGUCCACCUCAGAAUGGCAGUUUAUGAGAGCUGCCUCAGCUGGGUUCAGGAGCUAGAGGUCUGGGGUGAAUCUAAGAUCCCGCAACAUGGGAUUCUCACUGCUUUGAAGUACUGGCAGCUUCUACUAGUGCAUAAAUGCUUUUCCUGUGUUGUUGCAUAGAUAAGCAUCUGAGUUUGUUCUAGGCAGGUUCUGUUAACCAGAGCUGAUGGGGCAAGUCAAAGCUGCAUCAGGGUAGCCAGGGGAAAGAGGGAGAACCAACCAGUUGUUCACUGAAGCCCUCUCCCCACUCACAAUUAUAUCUGGUGGACCUUUGAUCCAGGGCAAGAGGAAAAGGAAGACAACUCCAAGACCUAAGGAGUGUAGCCCUUCAUCUUCUUCCACUACCUAGACCUGACAGCUGAGCUCAGUCAGGCUUAUCGCUGAGCAUUACAUAUAGAAAGAUGAUCGAAAUGUCUUAAUUGUUUCUCAUCUCUGCUGUGGUCCUGAGAUGACUCUAUCUUUUUUUUCUUUUUGAAAACAUAUGUCUCUGAGUUUUGAUCAGGUACCAUCUUUUAAGAUUGCCACCCAUGUGGGUUAUUAUUAUUAUUAUUAUUAUUAUUAUUAUAAAAGUCAUCAAAGGAUCAUUAAGACUGCUUAAAUUUCUGCUAUUGAUACCACACACUGGCUUUGUGUUGCUUGGUAUCACCAACCUCCCCGUAGGAUUUAAAUUCUUGAGGUGUUGUUUGCGUGUCUUCCUACAGAUGAUCGCUGAGCAGAGAAUUUCUGUCCUUUUGAAACUGUCCCAAAUGAUAUGGCAGUCCCUUGGAGGGCCAGAAGGAAGCUAAUGACUGUAUCAGUCACCUGUGGAUAUAAAUUGCCUGUCGUAAAAGAACUGAAUGGUUGUUUUGUUGGGGGAAAUUGCCUUCCUGGAAAUUUUCUGGGAGAGUUAGUUUCAUUGUUGUAUAAUGAGAAAUUCCCCAGGCUGAUACCUUAGAUUAGUCAGGUCUCUAUGGCAGACAACUGUGCAUGAGUAUGUGUCAAGUGUAGGGUUCUGAACACUGUGAACUUGUUUUCUUAUUUAAGGACUAUAUACUAUAGUAAUAUAGUAUAAUGAUAAUGGCUACAAUGUAACUUAUGGUUUCAUUUUUCAGGAUAGUUCCUUAAGCUCCUGAAACAGGUGGAGUUUUCUUCUUCCCCUUUAUUUUAUUUAAUUUUAUUUUUUUACAUGUCAACUGUGAACUUCCGUGUCCCUUUACUUUUUCUAAAGUAAUGAGGAAUUUUAAUAUAUAAUGAUCUAAAAGCAUUUACAAUAAACUAUUUUUUUUUCAACU